AUGGAUAACUAUCACUUGCAUGUCAUAGCUGUGGUCCUUUACUUUAAUCUUCCUGGGUCAGUGGGAGCCAAGUCCCAGUGGAUCCUUCCUGCUACACAUCGCCGUUCAGAGUGCCGGUGGGAUGGGCAGCUCUUGCUCAAUUGCUCUUUUACCAGAAUAUCUACUAUUCCAGAAGAUACAUCACAAGCAGCAGUAACAGCUGAUUUGAGUUACAAUAAUAUUAAAACUUUCGUGUGCUCUGAUGGAAGAAAUGAAGAGUGGAUGCUAAAACACCUGAACCUCAGUAACAACCUGAUUUCUGAACUCACCUUAACUGCUUGUACAAAUUUACCCAAUUUAGAAACUCUAAACCUCAGUGGUAAUGCCAUCCACACCCUCACACUGGAAAUGCCUAUACCUGCACACAGGUCUAAAAAGUACAGCAUUGUUGAUCGUCUCCUGCCUGCUUUGAAAGUAUUGUCAGUUGAAAGAAACAAUCUUAACACAGUUCCAAGAGGGCUAGGCCUCCUGCAGUCUUUACAAACUGUCCAUAUGUCAUCCAAUGCCAUACAACAGAUUGACCCAAAGGAUUUUCAGAACUGUUCACAGCGGAAGGACAUUGACCUGAGAAACAACAGGAUAACUAAAAUUCAUCCAGAUGCCUUCAGAGAUCUCAAAAAAUUACAGGUCGUGGAUCUCCGUGAAAAUGCUCUGACAAUCCCUCUACCACAGAUACUAGUCAGUUUGAACUUUUUUCAACUUGAAGUGUAUUUGUCAAAGAAUGCCUGGAUAUUUAACUGCAGGCUAAAUGCUUUUAGACAUUUCUUUCAUUUUGUCUUUGACUCCACAAGGCAGAAAUGGAGCCUUUCAUACAAUAAGUCUGCCAACAACCCCCAGAAACCUCUGCUGUAUCUUUCACAUUUCCAUUUAAACUGCAGGGACAAUGUUGUGCUCAGAAGGGCCACAGUCCCAACAGGGAACACAUCAGUGCUGACCUGUAACUUGGACAACAUAAGGGGCAAUGGAGUCUCUUGGUGGACACCUAAGGGCAGAAUUUCAAAAAAUCACAGUCUUCCUCAUAUGACACUGGAUAAAAUGAAUAAUUUAGUGAUAUACAAUGUUGAGAAAACUGCUGAAGGAUUAUAUUUGUGUCUUUUUAAUACAACAAAAGAGAAAUAUCUCAUUUACAAUAUAGAGGUGAAAGAAGGAGUCUCAGCAUUUUUGGUUAGAAAAGCCAGGGACACUCUUUUUAGAGAGAAAGAAACUGAGCCAAACUUUGCACUGGCUGUCUCCCUCUCUGUGCUCAUUACAUUUGUUUGUGCUUUUUGUCUGGGUGCUUUUGCUAGACCCUACCUGGAGAGCCUGUGGAGGCUCAUGCACAGAAACAAAAAUUCAGGUUCAGAACACACAUAUUCCAACCAAGGUUUUUCAGAUGAAACCUUGAGCAGAGAGUCUUCUGCAAGCAAGCCAACAAAUAUGCAGCAUAAUACAUUCAUUUGUGAUAAGAAUUCUUUAAGAAACACAUGGAUUUUUCCUACAGAAGCUUCUACUGUGUAUGAAAAUGUCACUGCCAGUGGUGUACAUUCACCAAAUCCCAAAGCAGAGUACCAGAAACAAAGCAAUAUUGAGAUCAACAUGAAGAAAAUACCAGUGUUUUCAAAAGCCCAAACUAGUACUGACAAUUAUGAAAGCAUAAAUGCUUAUGAUACUAGACUAUUUUUUGUAAAGACAGACUACCAGAACAGCAACAAAACAACACCAAACAGCAAGGUAAGAAACAACUCUGGUCUGCUGCAGUCUGAGAUCACAAAAGCUACACCAGAUUCUCCAGAAAGAAAAGGUGCUAUUUCACAUAACAAACCCAGGCACACUAGAAAAUUUAUGCAGAGAAGGCAAAGCUGUGAAGAACAACUUUGUCUAAAUGGCAACAAAAAUAUACCUAGUGAUGUUGGAGAUUUUACUCCACCCAGUAGCUUCAGAAGAGAUGCAGAUAUUGAGAAGUUAGGCAUCUAUGAAACAAUAGAAAAGUUUCCCACAACAGAGCAUGAUUGUAAAAGGAUAUAUUCAGAUGAAAAAGAUGCUGCAGCUGAUAUAUUUGGUGACAGUUCUUCAGCUGAAGGGACUCCAUUCACAAUGAGUGACUGUAGCUCUUUAGCAGACUUUGAAGUGGAACACCCUGGUGUUAGUGACAAUCUGCCAGUGUGUCAGUCACCUCUAGAAGAAGCCAACACAGACAGUGGAACUGAGAAGUUUGUAACACCACCAGAGUCUCCAAACAAUACUGCUGAACUUCAGCAGACUGCGAAAAAUGAAGAUGAGAACAAUGCCUGUUUUGAAACCACUAUUAAUUAUGGAUCAGACACCACCAUGCAGGGAACAGUAUCCCCUUACACUGAUAAAAGCAGUAGCCAUGUAAGCGUGUCAGAUCCAGAUACAGUUAGUUCUUCAAGUCAAGAAAUUCCAGUUACAUUUGAUUAUUUUACUAAUGCAGAGUCAACAGUAGAAAACUCUAUUUCUGAUUCUCUCCACAAUCGAAGUACAGAUUUUGGUAACAGGGUACUUAAGUUGAAACCUUUUCCCACAUAUGACACAGAGAAAACAUCUGAAGAGGAUGAACUGCAGUUUUCUCUUCUUCUUACCAGAGAACCACAGCACUUCCUCACCUUCAGUCACACAGAACAAAAAGAAAAUGCACCAGCAGGAAGCACAGAUGAGCACACAGCCAGGAACUUCCCUGAAAAGAAUCAUGGUGAGGCAGACAUUAAGGCAGAGUCAACAGAAGAAAACUCUAUUUCUGAUUCUCUCCACAAUCAGAGUACAGAUUUUGGUAACAGGAUAUUUAAGUUGAAAUCUUUUCCCACAUAUGACACAGAAAAAACUUCUGAAGAAGAUGAACUGCAGCUUUCUCUGUUUCCCAGAGAACAACAGCAUUUCCUCAGCUUCAGUCACACAGAACAAAAAGGAAAUGCACCAGCAGGAAGCACAGAUGAGCACACAGCCAGGAACUCCUCUGAAAAGAAUCAUGGUGAAGCAGACAUUACAUUACAAAGAAACAUGAGUACAUCUGAGGACAAUGGCUUUAUUUUUGCUCCCAUUGAUACUGGUUUGAAUGAAGUUGUAAAAAAGCCAUCGCUGCUGCAUUCCAGCCAAGAAUCAUCUCUUCAACUGCUGCCUGAACACACAGCUGAAAAACAUUUAAUGUUUAUUAUACAGGAAGAUGACUUGCUACCACAACAGAAGCAGGCUUGUGCAGAUGAAAUGCAAGGAGAUUCUGAUGAGAAAAAUUCUGAUGGAUUCACAGAAUUGCAGGAAAGCAGCAAUCACAGCCUGCCUGAAGAAAUGCAGUCCUGUCGUCCUACAGCAGUUCUGCUGCAUCUUCAUAGUUCUGGGAAAACACAGUCAGAAUUCACAACAGAUGAUCCCUUCCAACUGGAUCAGAGUGAUGAGGAUGCAUACUCCUUCUCAAUCCCACAAGGUUUCUUCAAUGAAAGCACACCAUACAGCUCAUGUUCCUUCACACAAAAGCCUACAGGAAAUACAAUCUUGGAAAGCACUGAUUCCAGCAAGAUGAAGGAUCACACUACUUUGACAGAACUAGAGAACCAUUCUGCAAUAACUGGAGACCACUUCCAAAAUUCCAGUGAAAAUCUCAGCCAAAAAAGUCGGACAAAUUCGGGACAGGAUCAGUUUUUUGUUAAGAAGAAAAGAGCAUUUGAUGGAUUUGCUAAUAUUUUGCAAAGCAGGAGAACAAACUUCAGUAGCUGA